AUGGUGACACCAAGAAACGCACCUUCAAACAGGAUGGAGAUGAACUCAAACUACUACACAUUAGAUGAUCUGUGGAGUAUAUUGACAGAGCUCUUUACCCUCGAACCCAGAACAAAUAUAGACUCACUUAUUAUGAGGACCCAAACAACAAGUCGUCUCAAUGGAUAUCCAUUACAGACAAUGAUGAUCUACAAGAGGCCUAUAUUCCUGUAUAUGAUGAGAAACCAACCUCCUGGACAUUCAGACUGGCUGUACAGAAGAAGACAAGUACGUACAACAUCAUCUUUCAUUACUAACAUACACACAAGUCGCAGCGAAUGUACAACAAGGUGUUCAAUCAAUCAGUCAAUCAAUCAAUUAAACAUACAGAUACAUUUAUUGUCUAAUGAUAGCGGCGUUGAGCUCAUCCAACUGUGCAAUGACAUGUUUGAUCGUCGCAUCUUUGUUGAAACAAAUAAACAACAACUCCAACAGAGCAUUGUU